AUGGCCACGAAUGAUCUGGAUCAAAAAAUCUUCAGCUGUUCCAUCUGUCUGGAUCUGCUGAAGGAUCCGGCGACUAUUCCCUGUGGACACAGCUACUGUAUGAAGUGUAUUCAAGGAUUCUGGGAUGAAGAGGAGAAAAUCCACAGCUGUCCUCAGUGCAGGAAGACCUUCACACCGAGGCCUGUUCUGGAGAAGAGCACCAUGUUAGAAGCCUUAGUGGAGCAUCUGAAGAAGACUGGACUCCAAGCUGCUGGACCUGAAGAUGUGUCCUGUGAUUUCUGCUUUGGAAGAAAACGUAAAACUAUCAAAUCUUGUUUGAUCUGUCUGGCCUCUUACUGUGAGAAACACCUUCAGCCUCAUUUGGAUGAAGCUGCAUUCAAGAAACACAAGCUGGUGGAACCCUCCAAGAACCUGCAGGAGAACAUCUGCUCCAUUCAUGAUGAGGUGAUGAAGAUGUUCUGUCGCACUGAUCAUAAGUGUAUCUGUUAUCUCUGCUCUGUGGAUGAACAUAGAGGACACGACACAGUCUCAGCGGCAGCAGAAAGGACUGAGAGACAGAGAGAUCUGGAGGAGAGUCAACAACAAAUCCAGCAGAGAAUCCAGGACAGAGAGAAAGAGGUGAAGCUGCUUCAACAGGAGGUGGAGGCCAUCAAUCACUCUGCUGAUCAAACAGUGAAGGACAGUGAGGAGAUCUUCACUCAGAUGAUCCAUCUCAUCCAGAAAAGAAGCUUUGAUGUGAAGCAGCAGAUCAGAUCCCAGCAGCAAACUGAAGUGAGUCGAGUCAAAGAUCUUCAGGAGGAGCUGGAGGAGGAGAUCACUGAGCUGAAGAGGAGAGAUGCUGACCUGAAGCAGCUCUCAUUCACAGAGGAUCACAUCCAGUUUCUGCUCAACUACCCCUCACUGCCACCACUCAGUGAGUCCACACACUCAUCCAGCAUCAAUGUCCGUCCUCUGAGAUACUUUGAGGAUGUGACAGCAGCUGUGUCAGAGCUCACAGACAAACUGCAGGAGAUUCUGAGAGAGCAAUGGACAAACAUCUCACUGACAGUCACUCGUGUGGAUGUUUUACUGCCAGAAGCAGAACCAGAACCAAAGAGCAGAGCUGACUUCUUCAAAUAUUCAUGUCAAAUCACACUUGAUCCAAACACAGCUCACAGGCGACUGUUACUGUCAGAGGAGAACAGAAAAGUGACAUUUAUGGAAAAACUUCAGUCUGAUUCUGAUCAUUCUGACAAAUUUACUGAUUAUCUUCAGGUUCUAAGUAAAGAGAGUCUGACUGGACGUUGUUACUGGGAGGUGGAGUUGAAAGGAAAAUAUGUGGAUGUAGCAGUCGCAUACAAGAACAUCAGUAGAUCUGGAAAAGAAAGUGGAUUUGGUUUAAAUGAAAAAUCUUGGUCAUUAGAUAGUUCUCCAGAAAGUUUUUCAUUUUUCCACAACAGCAUAAAAACCUCCAUCUCAGCUCCUGUUUCCUCCAGAGUAGGAGUGUACCUGGAUCACAGAGCAGGUGUUCUGUCCUUCUACAGCGUCUCUAAAAGCAUGACUCUAAUCCACAAAGUCCAGACCAAAUUCUCUCAGAAACUUCAUGUUGGAGUGUUGCUGGAUUAUGCUGUUGGAACCUCAGCAGAGUUCUGUAAACUCAAAUAGUUUCCAAAAGAAGUGAAAUGUUUGUUUUUAGUGAUUUUUCUGCUUUCCAUCAUUUUGAACUAAACUUUUUAACUGUUAUUCUUUGGAGUCGAGUUUGUAGUCAGUAAUGUUUUUUUUUAAUGGGUGUUUUUUUUUAACCAAUCAGGAAUAAUACAUGAAAAAAAACAUAUCACAUUAAAUCACAAGUAGAUUGCUUGAAAGUUGAAAGGAAGCAAACUUAUAUAAUCCCACCCCGGCCAUAUCAUUUUCUCUUCACUUAAUAUGAAAUAUUUAUACUCUACAAUAAUAGAUUCAAGUUAUAAAGGAUCCUUAAUAUUGAUAGAAUCAAAUUUCAAAACAUCCACAGAAAAAUAAUUUAUUUUAAUCAACAAACAAUAAUCUAAAUAU